AUGGCUCGCCUCGUCACUCUCCACAUUUCCCUCGUGGCUUCCGUCGCGCUUCUGCUCCUCGCAAUCGCCGCCCAUCCGGCGCUCGCGGGGGGCGAAUCCGCCUCCGCCGCGUCGAUCCCCGCUGAUUCGACUGAAAUGGCGGCCGCGAGCCGUCGGGUUCUGCAAGCCGUGCCCACAGCAGCACCAGCGGCCGCCCCCAGCGCGGGAGGCGCAGCAGCACCCGCGCCCUUACCCGCGGUCGGCGCACCAUCGACGGCGCCGCCAUCGUCCGACGCGCCGUCUUUCCCGCCGGCGUCAUCUCAGCUGAUAAUUACGUCCAACAUUAAGUCCGCUGACGUGUCCAAGUCUAUCGACCUUCUUAACUACCUCGUCUACACGACGUGCCCAUUCUUGUCCGUGAAGACCAUGUUCCUCCCGUCGAACCAGGCGUGGAGCGACGCGUUCGAGGGGUACAAGAAGAAGCGCAGCAGCGGCGGGCUGUACGAUGCGCUCGACGCAGUCGUGAACGGCGAUAAGCUCAAGACGCCCAAGGAUAAGAGUCAAAUCGUCUCUCCGACCUCUCCGAUCUCUGGCCUCUCCGCUCUGGCUGCGGACUGCAAAUCGUUCGUAACCAGCGGGACGGUCAGCAAGGCCGUGAGGAGCUCGCUGUUCAACCUGAUGUCAUUUCAUGCGACGGAUGCUGCGGUUACGAUCGCCGACCUGAAUGGCAAGUGCAACGCAGCUGGCACGACCUUCAAGACCGUGUUCAACGGCAACAAUUUGAACUUCAAGUGCAAUAGUACCAACUCUGGUUUCAUUUCCGGCUCUAACCUCCUCCCAUCCGACGCGUCUGCUGGCACCCCGUCUGCUGUCGCGAAGAUUGACGAUAAGUUGGUCGAUUUCUUUUACGUCAACGCGGUUGUGUUCCCGAGCGACAUGGCCUCCCUGCCUGCUUUCCAGUAUUCGUUCCUCUCCUUUCUCCAUUCCUCCACCCCCCUCACUCCCCCUCAAUCCCAAUUCCCCCCCCCCACCCUCUCCUUCCACUCUCAUUACUCGUCCCCCGUCUCUCCCGUUCCCCCAUCCCCUUCUCGCUCCCAUUUAUCCUCCCUCUCACUCCCAUUUCUCCUCCCUCUCACUCCCAUUUCUCAUCCCUCUCACUCUCGUGCAUCCUCCCUCUCACUCCCGUUCCUCCUCCCCCUCACUCCCGUUCCUCCUCCCCCUCACUCCCGUUCCUCCUCCCCCUCACUCCCGUUCCUCCUCCCCCUCACUCCCGUUCCUCCUCCCCCUCACUCCCAUUCCUCCUUCCCCUCACUCUUCUCCCCCUCGCUCCCAUUUCUCCUCCCCCUUACUCUCAUAUCUCCUCCCUCUCACUCCCAUUUCUCCUCCCUCUCACCCCCAUGUAUCCUCCCUCUCACCCCCAUGUGCCGCUGCCACUAUCUCGCGUCUCCUCACUGCGCUGCUCUUGCCCCCAACCACUUCACCCUUUCACUCCUAUCCAUCCCCGCACCCUCCUUUUCCCUCUCAGAUGCCAGGUGCCGCUGCCACUGUGCCGUUGCCAGUGUCUCGCGUCUCCUCACUGCGCUGCUGGUCCUCGCCGCUGCUCUUGUUUGCGCCUUCUAG